AUGGACACUUCAUCCUCUCCUCCUUUUGCAUAUAUUCAGUUAUUGCCCUACCCAGCUGAGGCAGCUUCAGCAGAUCUCUUCAUAGAUGUCAGGGUGAGGACCCUGUCGCACCAGGUCACCACACUUGGGGAUAGUGUGUGGGAACUGGAGCGCAAAAUUACCCAGCUGAUCUGCGAGAAGGGCAAGCUGGAGAAGCAACUGGAGGAGACGAAGGCGAUCUCAAGCCACAAGGAAGAGGUGGAGAGAAGCUUCAAGGCUGAAAACGAUAAGCUUCGGUCGGAAGUUUCGAUCGCAGAGGAAAAAUGUGGCAAGUCUGAAGCGGAGGUUGAGAGGCUAAGCAAGGAAUUAGGCGCGCUGGCAGAGGCAAAAGAGGGUGCUACCAAGGAAUUCAACGACAAGAGAGCAAAAAUCUGGCUGAAAUCGGAGAAUCUCAAGAGACGGUUGGAGGAAAUUCAGGCUAUCAAGGAUUUGGCAGAGAGCGAAAAUGACAAGCUUCGUUCAGAGGCUUUGAUCGCAAAGGAAAAGCAAAACAUGUCCGGAGCAGAGAUUGAGAUGCUUAAGAUAGAACUGGGUGGAUUGGCGGAGGCCAAGGAGGCCGCCGCCAAGGCAUUUGAUGUAAAAAAUGCAGAACUCACCGAGGAAUUAGAGGAACUUGAGAGGAAGCUAAAGGAAAUCCAAACAAAUAAGGAUUUAGUGGAUGGAGAAAAUGAUAAGCUUCGGUCUGAGGUUUUCACAGUGGAGGAGAAAUGUGGGUAGUCUGAAGCAGAGGUUAAGUGCCUUAAGCAAGUAGUGGGUGUAUUGGUGGAGGUGAGGGAGGCAGCGGCAAAGGCAUUUGGAGCCGAGAAGGUAGAAAUCAUGAAGGAAAUGGACAAUCUGAAGAGGACAAUAGAGGAAAUCUAAGCCAACAAGGAUUCAGUGGAGAGUCAAAACCAUGAGCUCCAGUCAAAGAUUUUGAUUGCAGAGCAGGAGAAUAGUGUAUUUAAAGCAGAGGUUAAGAGCCUCAAGGUGGAAUUGGGUGCAGUACAGGAGGCCAAGGAGGUUCAUGCCAAGGAGUUUGAUGCCGAGAAGGCUGAAACCCUCAAGGAACUGGAGGAUCUUAAGGGGAAUAUGGAGCAAUUCCAGGUCAACAAGGAUUUCUUGGAGGCUAAAAAUGAUAAGCUUCAGUUGGAGGUUUUUGCUGCAGAGCAAAAACAAAGCAUGUCUGAAGAAGAUGCUAAGAGCCUUAAGAUGGAACUGGUUGCAUUAGUGGAGGCAAAGGAGGCGGCUACAAAAGCAUUUGACGCCGAGAAAGCAAAAAUCACGAAGGAUUUGGAGGUUCUUAAGUGGAAGGUGGAGGAAAUCCAAACCAAGAAGGAUUUGGUGGAGGGUGAAAAGGAUAAGCUUCGUUUGGAGAUUUUAAUAGC